AUGGCACGGCAGAACCAGGACAUUUCUUCACAGGAAAUCAUUGCGCUGGAAGACAAGUAUGGUUGUCGUAAUUACUCUUCAUUGCCUGUAGCAUUGAGUCGUGGAGAAGGUGUAUUUGUGUGGGACGUCGAAGGCAAACGAUACUAUGACUUUUUAAGUGCUUAUUCAGCCGUGAACCAGGGACAUUGUCACCCAAGAAUUCUUGAAGUACUUAAGCAGCAAGCUAGCAAACUUACACUUGUUUCUAGAGCAUUUUACUCGGAUCAACUUGGCAAAUAUGAGAAAUUUAUGACGGAGUUAUUUGGUUACGAUCGUUUGCUGCCGAUGAAUACGGGCGUUGAGGGCGGCGAGAGUGCUUGCAAGAUCGCACGCAAGUGGGGCUAUGACGUCAAGAAGAUACCGAAGAAUCAAGCCAAGAUAAUUUUUGCCGAAGGAAACUUCUGGGGCCGGACGUUGUCAGCAAUUUCUUCGUCGUCGGAUCCUACUUGCUACGAUGGAUUCGGUCCAUACAUGCCUUGCUUCGAAUUGAUUCCCUACAAUGAUAUCCCGGCUUUAGAGAAAGCACUACAAGACCCGAAUGUUGCCGCAUUCAUGGUGGAGCCCAUUCAAGGUGAAGCUGGCGUAGUGAUCCCAGACGACGGGUACCUGAAGAAGGUCAGGGAACUGUGCACCAAAUACAAUGUACUGUGGAUUGCCGAUGAGGUGCAAACUGGUUUAGGACGUACGGGAAAAAUGUUAGCCGUUGAACACGAGGGCGUGAAACCUGACAUUGUUAUACUGGGUAAAGCGCUCAGUGGUGGGAUGUUACCAGUGUCUGCUGUGUUAGCCAACAAUAAUGUAAUGGAUGUAAUAACACCCGGUACUCACGGAUCAACAUACGGUGGCAAUCCUUUAGCGUGCGCAGUAGCUACCGAAGCAAUUAAGGUAAUACUAGAAGAAAAAUUAUCGGAAAACGCUGAGCGACUUAGCGCAGUAUUUCGUGAAGAAUUAGAAAAGAUUCCAAAGUCCAAGGUCACCACAGUCAGGGGCAGGGGACUUAUGUUCGCCAUUGUCGUAGAUAACAGUAUCCCUGCUUAUGAAGUCUGCCUGCGAUUCCGUGAUGCGGGUUUACUCACUAAACCAACACACGGACAGACGAUCCGUCUAGCGCCACCAUUAGUUAUCACUGAGGAGCAGAUUCGUGAAGGCGCGAGAAUCAUUCAAAAGGUCUUUGAAAGCUUUAAGAAAUAA